AUGGCUGUAGCUGAAGCAAUGAUGCCUGCCAUUACUUCGUUUUCUAGUUUUCAAGCCAUGGAAGGAAACCAGUUUAACAAUCCCUGCAAGGUGGAUGAGUGUAGAAGAGACAGCGCAACAGGUGGCGCAGAAAACCCGCUCAUCGAAGUGGAGUUCAGCAUUGUGCAGUCUCCUGCUCCCGCAGAUGACGAUCUGGGGAAAUUAUUAGACUUCGAGUUCAUUUUGGCAAACACUAUCACCUCCGAAGCUGUGAGCGGCAAUUACAGCAACGGCAACAUUUCUCCGCAGCAGCAGUGCGUGUAUUCUCUGCCGGAAUCUCCGGAGAGCUGCAGCGGUAGCUCGGCUCCAGACUGCACUGAUCACCCUGCUCCUCAUCUGGGCGCGCAGAGCUACCACGGCACGGUUGCCUUCACGGGCUCGAGCCCUGUACGCAGUCUGAUGGCGGAGCUUCUCACGCCUGAGAUAAGCUACCCGGGGGAGAGUUCACCGGACAACGCAGGCAAGAUGAGAGACGUGCGGGAAUACACCGAACUGCGAGCGUUAAAUCCGGUCACCAUGCCAGCUGUUCCCGCUCAUCACGAGGUGGCCGCAUCUCCUUCAUCGCUUGGAUACAAAAUCAAAUCCGAGCCCGUUGGUCAGUCUUGUAUGAUGGCUACUGCUCGGGACUUUAUGGGACAGAUGUAUGAAAAACAUCAGAUGCGCUCCGUGCACCCGGCAGCUUUUACGCACCACCAGGCUGCAGCUCCAGGUGCAUUGCCGGGCUUCGGUGCUCACUCCAUGCAGCGCCCUUCGCCUGAGGGACGCACAGACUGCCACUUGACUCAGCUGAACUCUCAUCCCCAUCAUCCGAAUCAACACCAACUCCAAAGCCAUUACAUGAAUGCUCCCUACCAACCACAGUACGCGCACCAGAGUGUGCCUCAGUUUCAAGGACAAUACAACAUGCACAGGGAGCCCAUGCGCGUUCACCAGCAGCAUCAUCCAACUUCGAUGCAGGGGAUGAUGCUCACUCCUCCAUCGUCGCCGUCGUUGCUGGAGUUUUACGUGCAUGAUGAAGCUGGGAGCACCAAGCAGAAGCGAGGACGCAGGUCGUGGGCCAGAAAACGCGCCGCGACACACAACUGCGAGUUCCCUGGUUGUGGGAAAACCUACACCAAGAGCUCCCAUCUUAAAGCACACAUGAGAACACAUACAGGUGAGAAGCCCUACCACUGUAAUUGGGAAGGCUGCGGCUGGAAGUUUGCCAGGUCAGAUGAGCUGACCCGUCACUUCAGAAAGCACACUGGCCAUCGACCCUUUCAGUGUCACCUGUGUGAGAGAGCUUUUUCACGCUCAGAUCACUUGGCUCUCCACAUGAAGAGGCACAUGUAAGCCCCUCUUAGACUUGUGUGUCCUGGGCCAUCGUGGGGUCAUGCCAGGAGCAUGAGGCUAGAGUUGGCCAUUCACCAUUUGACAUUUCUGCAUCUGGCUCAAACCAGUGAACUCUGGACUCUUAGUAGGUGCUGUGCCUUAAAAGUUAAAGCAAGUUAUCUUACUUCAUUGCGUUUGAUCCCCUGAGGUACCAAAAUGUAUACG